AUGAAAGUUGUAAUUUUGUAUCUCCUCCUCCAUCUUCUUCACAUAUGCCAAGUCACAAGUGCAGAAAACUGCAACUUCUUCAAUGGAAGUUGGGUGUUUGAUUCAUCAUACCCACACUACAACUCAACUACAUGUCCCUUUAUAGAGCAUGUAUUCAACUGCCAAAGAAAUGGCCGGCCCGAUGAGAUGUACCUCAAAUACCGGUGGCAACCGCAAGACUGUCAAUUACAAAGAUUCUGUGGCUAUGACUUCUUGCGAAGAUUCAAAGGGAAGAGCAUCAUGUUUGUGGGUGAUUCUUUAUCACGGAAUCAAUACCAGUCGUUAUUAUGCUUGUUGUACACAUCAAUGCCCGGAAUCAAGUACAAAGAGAUGAGAUCAGGCGACAUCUCCGUAGUACAUUUCUUGGAUUAUGAAGUUCAAGUAAAGCUUGAUAGAAAUCUGUUUUUGGUGGAUGUGGCACGAGACAAGGACAAGAUUGGUAGGGUAUUAGUAUUAGACUCAGUUGCCGGGAAAGCCCGUCAUUGGCUGGUAAAUGACGUGCUCGUCUUCAACACAUUUGCUUGGUGGGGAAGAAGAGGAUCUAUGCAACCAUGGGAUUUCAUUAAACUCGGAGAUAAGAUAAUGAAAGACAUGGACCGGCUAGCUGCUUUGGAGACGGGACUCACGACAUGGGCUAGAUGGGUGGAUGCAGCUGUUAAUCCUAAUAAAACAAGGGUUUUCUUUCAAACCACCUCUCCAGCGCAUUACAAGUGA